AUGCAAGCAAGAGCUAAGUCUAAAGAAGCAGAAUAUUGUAGUGCUAGCGACCUGUUGUCCGAUAGAGACAACAGUAGCAAACGAAAGAGGAUUCAGAAAGCGCUCUCGUCCUCAUCAUCAUCAGCAGAAGAUGAGUUGCCAAUAAAGGCACCAAAGUUAAUCAUUAAAAAAAAAAUACAUAAGGCAAGUAUUACCUUUCAGAAGGAGUUGAGGAGAGAUUCGCCAGUUGAGGCUGAAAAUCUCGCUGAAUUUAAUGAAGACAUAUAUAAUCCAGUACCAUCCACUUCUAAAGAGAACAAUGAUAAUCAACCUGUACCUGUAACCCCGUCCAAUAACUGCUGCUUCCAAAAAGAACACCUGAUAUUAACUGAUCUGAAAAACCAAAAUCAUUUAUUGAGGACAAUUUUGACUGAUGUGUUGAACGAAAUUAAAAAGCGUCCAAUUGUUGAACCUGGGACUGCAGUGACUAAAUCUAUUUUUAAUAAAUUCCAAAAUAUCACCUUUCCAAUUAAUACUCAGGAAGAUUUUAAUUUUUUUGAGGAGGAAAUGCGUAAACCUGAAAAUUUUAAUGAAGCGGUCAAUGAAUUGGCUAAGUACGGGGGCUCAAACCCCUACAACUUUAUUAAGAGAUCGAUGUCUGCGGUCUUAGGGGAUAACAUUUUGAAGAAUUACAGUUGGUUGGGUCGCAAAGGCAAAGAGCGCCUAGAUCAAAAAACUGAUGCAAAGGUUUUUAUUUCUGCUGCAGAAUUAUGUGGCUUUGAUAAUAAGAAAAUUGUAGAAUUGGCGAUUCAGAGUUACAUAAAACGAAGCUUUGAGAGGCUGAAUGCAAAAGAAAAUAAAAAGAAAUAA